GUAUAUAAAUUACAAUAAAUUGCUGUUUCUUAUGUACCAAACACCACGUAUAAAUAUCUACAUGUUAAAACCUGUGUAUAUUAGUCAAAUCAAUAGAGUUAGUUAAUUAUGGUUGAUGUAAAUAAUACUGCAUUGUCCGCGCGCUGUACUGCGCAUAAUCAGCCACGCCUCCUUAAAGCUCGCGACUUUAGCUCAAGCCAUUCAGUCAGUCACAUACAAACGCUCAUAAACACAGAUUAUAUGAAAUAAGAUUAAAACGAUUGCGUCAGAAACAUUAUACAAACGCUGACUUUCCAUCACAGUGAGUCUGAGUUUUAUUCGUUUAUACGGAGAGUUGUCAAGGCGUGUGUUUUUUUACGUCAGGUUAGCUUGUUAGCUUAUAACUAUUACAUUUGUGGUUUGUUUAAGAGUCUGACAAAAUACAAAAAUUAACUUAUAUUCAGUCGAGUUCCAGUUUGUUUCAGCCAUAAUAAACUAGCGCUAGACAUUCCUCAGACAGAGAGAUAUUAUUACUUUGCUAUGCUAAUUUAGUGCAUUCAUUUAUAAUAUGUCUUUAUGCAUGUGUCUUCUGUGAAACUCGCUUACAGAUAUAGCUUGUACAUAUCCACAAUGGCCUGUCAGGGUCAGAUAAACCUCAGUUUUACUUUACUUUAAUGUCUCUACCAUCAGAUAUGCCGUAUCGUUAGUGUGACUGGAGGCUGUGAGGCUCAAAUCUCAGUGUGUUGAUAGUUUGAGGCGGUUGACAGGAGGAAAUCCACUAUUUGUAUGUCAAAAGACAUUUUAUUCUUGCCUGAGCCAAAAGCAAGUUCAUUUGUCGCGUUUGGAGCGCAUAUUCAUCAUGGCUAAGCUUCAGUCGGUGAACGGAGUGCAGUGGAAGGACAACAAGAGUCAGCGGGGCACGGUGGAGAAUCUGGCCGAGCACGAGAGCUCUUCUCUGGGCUCAAACACUGAGCUCAACGGCUUCGCCAACACCGAGAUCCAGACCGACAGAUAUGGAUUCAUAGGAGGAGCUCAACAGAGCGCAGGAGAAAAUGAUGAUAUUCCUCCAGACGUGCUCCGGCAGAGAGAAGCCAAAUGGCUGGAUAUGCUCAACAGUUGGGACAAGUGGAUGGCCAAAAAACACAAGAAGGUGAAGGUGCGUUGUCAGAAGGGCAUCCCUCCAUCACUCAGAGGUCGUGCGUGGCUUUAUCUUUCUGGAGGCAAAGUGAAGAAAGAACAGAAUCAGAGCAAAUUUCAGGAGUUGGACAGUCAACCUGGAGAUCCUAAAUGGCUGGAUGUAAUAGAGAAAGACCUCCACAGACAGUUUCCAUUCCACGAGAUGUUUGUAGCUCGAGGCGGCCACGGGCAGCAGGAUCUGUUCCGGGUGUUGAAGGCGUACACACUGCACAGACCGGAGGAGGGUUACUGUCAGGCUCAGGCCCCUAUAGCUGCAGUGCUGCUCAUGCACAUGCCUGCUGAGGAUGCUUUCUGGGGUCUGGUCCAGAUCUGUGAGAAGUAUUUGCCCGGAUACUACAGCGCAGGCCUGGAGGCCAUCCAGUUAGACGGCGAGAUCCUGUUUGCUCUGCUCAAGCGCGUGUCCCCGGUGGCCCACCGGCAUCUGAAGAAACACAAGAUUGACCCUAUCCUCUACAUGACAGAGUGGUUCAUGUGUGCCUUCUCUAGAACGCUGCCCUGGGCCUCUGUGCUGCGUGUGUGGGACAUGUUCUUCUGUGAGGGAGUGAAGAUCAUCUUCCGUGUGGGUCUGGUGCUGCUGAAGUGCAUGCUGGGAUCUCAAGAGAAACUGAAGGCGUGUCAGGGCCAGUAUGAGACAAUGGAGCUGCUCAGAUCUAUUGAGCCACGAUACAUGCAUGAGACUUUCCUAGUGCAAGAGGUCAUUGAAUUGCCCGUGUCUGAGCGAGACAUAGAGAAGGAGCACCUCUCUCAGCUCCGGCGCUGGAAGGAGACUCACGGAGAGCUGCACUGUAAAUCCCCUCCCAGAAUGCACGGCGCCAAAGCCAUCAUGGCCGCUGAGCCGCCCAGUCGCCAAGACCUCAAACAAAACCCCACAAUCAUCGUCGAAGUACCACAGGCCACCGAGAGCCAGGCGGAGAAAGGGAAAAAAGUCAAGAAGAGCAAAACAGAGAAGAAAAAAGACACUAAUAACACCUCGCCUCCCCUUAAUCCGUACCCGUUACCCAGUGACCCAACAUUACCGAGCGACAACCUGUCGCAGCACCUGCAAAAAGACGCGCCCCUGCAGAGCUCCAGUCAGAGUCUUAGUAGCGCAGAGCACGACACCUACCUGUAAAGCGCUGGAAGAGGGACGCCAGUGCAGACAGCUAAAUGUUCACUGUGCUAAAACAUCUGACAUCAGUCCGCUCCUGCCUCCCCACUCUCAGGAUUUUGCAUCAAAGGGAAGUUCAUGUAACACAACCGGACCAAAAAGUACUUGUGGGAGUCAUAAUCGCAUGGGAGAACCUUAUUACAGAGGAUUAUUACAAACUUUACAUCAUGAGCUUUAAUGUGUGUUUACACGAUUAUAUGUGUAUGUGCAUGUUUGAAAAUGAAGGACAAAUAGUCAAAAGCAACUCUCGGAUCUCUAAAUGAAGCGUUAAUGAGCUGCGCUGGAUGCAGAUGUUCUCAUGCUGUUUAAACUAGUUAUGGUUUCUGCUAGUAAGUACAGAGAACACACUGUAGUGGGAUGCAAGUACAUUUCCUCCAUCUUCCUCAGGAGAUUACAUUUGUCUGUUUUUGUACUUAAAAUGAACACUCAAAAUAUUUAGCCCUAUUUGAAUUGCAUAUAAAAUGACAGUUUUAACAUAAAUUAGCUAAUAAACUUAAUAUGAUGCUCAAAUGAAAUGGGAUUUCUGUAAUAGUUCUAAUAAACUGAAUGUUUUUUAAUAUAUUUAUCAUCAGUCCAAUUAGAUUCAAUCUCAUUCAUUUGAAUUGACUCAGUAUUGCUUGUUCACAGUGAACAGAUUUAUGCUCAUUCUAAGCAAUUUGGAUGAAUACAAUUUGAAAAUAUUUAAAUAAAAUCAAAUUGAUGCAAACAGUUAAUAAUAAACUAUGCCAUGAUUUUAUGAAAUAUUACCUGUUUCUUACCUGCUCAAUUUAUGUAUGACAGUCAAAUAUUCAUCACAUUAAGUUUAUUAGUUUUUAACUGUGUAAUCCAAAUGGAUGGAAAUUUUAUAUGCAAUUCAAAUACAUAAAUCUUAAAUUUAGGCCUAAUUUUUUUUUUU